AAGUUUCGAUUACACAUGUGAAAAGAAGUUGCAGUGUGUGCAUUGUGUGAAAAUAAUGAAACUAUUCAAAACACUGAUAUGAAUCUCUGUUUUGUAUGUUUCGAAUACUAGCUGUAUAAAAUUCUUUCAAUACACUCAAACAGCUAUCAGUACUUGUACAGUGUUUUGUUUAGUGAGACUGAUGGUACGGAUAUUGAUACAAAGUAUUUCUUGGAACUAUCUCUCCUAAGCAAUGUCAUCAGGAGUGUUAAUGCUCAUCAGUCAAGAUAACAACAUCAGUACUUUAUUUGGUUGACAAAUUAAAAAAUCACAUCCUGAGAUGAUUCCGAGUCUUAACCGUUUUAUAUUCCAUCUGUUGUUGUUGAUCCUAUCAACAUGGCUAAGCAGUGCUCAAUACCUUCAAUCUCCCUGUCCGGAUAUAUUCACAUAUCAAGUUGAUCCAGUGACGGGACAAACCUUUGGUUUGAUCGAAGUCAACGGUAACCAAGCGGAACAAGUCAUCAAACUCAAUGUGGACCUAACCAUAGGAACACGACUUUCACAGGGCUACUUCGGAUCCAUAUCAUUGAUCAAGUCUCGCGAGGACACAGUCAGGGACAUCUCUCAAGGACUUCCUGCCCAGUAUCGAGUAAACUUCCCUCUGCGUGACAUCCUACCGGCCGUUCAAUCCAUCGCAGUCAAUGGUCAAAUCGUAUGCAGUGGUAAUCGUGCUCAAGGACGCAUUGUGACAACUAUCAACUUACGUCACGCGCUGUUUUUCCAACUACAAACACAGUACUUUCCACAGAGUGGAAUUCAUUCCCAAGGUCCAUUCCAGUCCAAUGCGGUGAUAUACCAACCUCGACCUCGACCACCGCCAGAUAUUCCACAUUAUCAGGCUCGACCCCAGCCGAUACCAGAAUGGAACAUUGAGCCAUCGUACACUUCUCGACCACUGUUCACACAACCCACAGUCCCACAGACAACAUCAAUCAUAGACGACCGCCCAUCUACAGUGCGGAUUGCGUCGCCUUCCACAUCAACUUCAGAUUAUGUUUGUGGAAGACCAUCGGAUGCAUCAAUAAGUCGCCUUGCGCUCAAUGGCAAACACGCUGAAAAGGGACAGUUCCCAUGGAUUGUACCGCUAUUCGACCGGACGCAAAAACAAAAUCCCAAAUACUUCUGCGGCAGUACGAUUAUAACCAAGAAACAUCUUGUUACGACGGCUAGCUGUGUAUAUAAAACAAACGAUUACCUGCAACCCGAAAGAAUCCUCGCUGUACCAGGAAUGUACCAUAUCGACAAUUUUCUGGAUGACAAUGCGAAGUUUGCCGAUGUACAGUCUGUGAUACCAAACAGCGAAUACGCUCCUGAGGAGGAUUUGAGCGAUGCAGAUCUCGCGAUUCUUGUGCUAACAAAGUCGCUGGAUUUCUCGGACUACAUCAUCCCAAUCUGCUCAUGGAAGGAUGAGAACGAUGUGAGGAAAAUUGUGGGCCUAGAGGGAUACGUCGCAGGGUGGGGUCUUACCGAGCAUGGUCGAACUUCAGUGUUUCCUACCUACAUUAAGGCUAUUGUCGUCGACAAACGUCAGUGCGCUGCAAAAUUUCUGCAAAUGUUUCCCUCGAAUUCACGCACAUUUUGCGGUGACGGACAAGAUGCCACACCCUGCAUAGGAGAUUCCGGCAAUGGCAUGGUUUUGAAACGGGGGAACCAGUUCUACCUGCGGGGCGUUGUAUCGAAAAGCCAAAUUGAUCCCAAUACUCUGAAGUGUGACGUGACCAAAUAUUCAAUUUAUACAGAUGUGGCACACUUCCAACACUGGCUUAGCGUCAUGACUAGUCAGUGAAGUGAUCCACGUUUUAAGUUAAUAGUAAGAUCAAGGUAGUAUAUAUAAUGUUGAAUUAACGUUACAAAAGAAAGAAAGUGUUGUUAACACUUAAAACCAAUUUUCCUGGAUUAUUGUUUGAUGACAUGUAUGAGUUUCAGAUUCUGUAUAGAAAGUGCUAAUCAACACGGUUAUUAACCGAAAUUACUUAAUACGGAUUUCGCGCCAAAAUUGAAUGAAAUUUUCUGGGCGUGGAGACCUUACCUUUUCCGAAAAAAAAUCUAGACUAAAAAAAAGAAGUUUUAUGAAAAAUAAUUGAAUUUUCAGAAAAAAAACCGAAAAAAUAUUUUUCGAAAUCCUACAGUGGAAAAAAUCGAUUUCAAAAACUGAAAGUCGAUUUUCUCAAAAUGGUCAUCUCGGAUUUUAAUGAAAUGCAUAUUUGUGCAUAUUUAAGGCAAAACAGUUUUUCUAACAGAAGCUUUUUCAAUAUUUUUUUGAAAUUACGU